CACGAUUCCAGCGCCAGCACGAAUGCGUGGGCUCGGUGCAAGACGAUCAAUAGAGUGAAGGUGAAGGGCUAUCGAAGCUCCGCCGCGGUAGGACGAGCGGGUCUGAUCGCACAAAGUCUGUCCCGGGGCCGUGGCUGGUCUUGAAUAGGCAGUAUUUACCUGCAUGCAGUAUUCUGGACCUCCCCCCAUGAUCGUGGUAAACUGCUGCAAUCUAUAAGAUAGCCUCUAGGACGACUCGAGGAACUGCGUGGUCCCGCACAGACCCUCCCGUCCCCCCGGCGCAGAGCCAAUCCCGCGAAUCUCGAGAUGUGUUAUUACCUCAUCACUUACCUGCGCCAUGGUUGCGGACACGACCGUCCGACAAGGAGACAUUAUAUCGAUUGCAACUUGAUAAUUUGCAGGCUCAGCGCGAGGCACAAGCUUGCAGACCACGACUGCGACAACACCUGCACAGAGACCAUGCUCCCCGAUCAGCACAUCGUCAUGGAAAGUACGAUAGACCAUUGCGACCCAUGCCUCGGGAUUUACCCUCCCACCGAUCCGAGAAUCAACCUUCCGCCGCUGCCCGAGAUGGAUGCCGAGGACGAGACGCAGUAGCAAUUGCAAGACGAUAGGGUGCACGUUUAGCUGUCGCAGAUGAGUGGUGAGACUCUCAUGUCUGCUGGCUCCCUAAGCUAUCAAGUGAUUGUAACGGAUGAGCGCUGGGCCGCUGGCGCAAGGAUGUACAGGUUGCCUAUGAGAAUCUGUCUGCUCGGAAUAUCUAUUCGUCGAUCCCUAACCAUGUAACAACUCGUGAUAGCUACCGUAGCGAAUUCCAUUGGUUUGUUCCACUCA